UUCUAUAGUGGAGAAUUAACGAAGCGGUGCUGGGUUUGAGCUAUAGACCAACGAUGAACUGGUCUUGAUGGAUACAUCCUAUGAGUAGAGUCGAUGGACUAAGACAAAGAAGACAUCGGGGAAUAAGGAGUUUAUUAUCACCAAGAUUUAAUACUUUACAGGGAGCUGGCCUUGUGUGGUGGAAAAUUAGUCGGUUUGAUAACGAACAUUGAAACAGUUGGCACAAGAUAGGAAUUUUGGCACAAACUAGUCGCACUUUGCCAAGACACUUCUUUCCGUUUGAAGUUAAACAACAACGACCGGAUUUAUCGGGGGAGAUAUACCCUGGGAAUAAUGUGGACGUCUCCAAAGAUUACAUUUAUGUGACUCUUUAUUUCUGUGGGUAGCUCGCUAGUACAACGGGAUAUUUUUUAAGCAAGUGCUGCUUUGUGUAUGUUUGGGAUGGACUGGCCAAAGUAAGCAUGAAGUUACUGAAUGGAUUAAGAAUUCAUGUACAACAUCAGUAUCCAGAACAAGGAGCACAAACUGAGCUUGAAAAUGAGAUUGCCAACGUUACUGCAGACCUAGAGAGUAUGGACAAUGAUGGGAGCAGUAAGACGGGCUCCCGGACUAAGCAGAUGAACACUGGCCGUAAGAAGUUCAACAUGGAUCCUAAAAAGGGUAUUGAGUACUUGAUAGAGAAUGAGCUGUUGAAGAACACCCCUGAGGACGUGGCCCAGUUCCUAUACAAGGGAGAAGGAUUGAAUAAAACAGCUAUUGGAGACUAUCUUGGUGAAAAGAAAGACUUCAAUAUUCUGGUAUUGGAGGCUUUUGUUGCUCGGCAUGAGUUUAAAGACAUGAUCCUGGUCCAGGCUUUAAGGCAAUUCCUUUGGAGUUUCCGUCUGCCAGGGGAGGCACAGAAGAUUGACAGAAUGAUGGAAUGUUUUGCCAAGAGAUACUGUGAGACCAACCCUGGAGUCUUUGAGUCCACCGACACGUGUUAUGUGCUUUCCUUUUCCAUCAUCAUGUUGAAUACUAGUUUACAUAACGCAAGCGUGAAAGAGAAGCCAUCUCUGGAGCGAUUUAUCCUGAUGAAUCGUGGGAUCAAUGAGGGCGGAGAUCUACCGGAAGAACUCCUCAAGAGUCUGUACGACAGCAUUAAGAAGGAACCUUUCAAGAUACCUGAAGACGAUGGGAACGAUCUUACACACACCUUCUUCAAUCCUGACAGAGAGGGCUGGUUGAUGAAACAAGGGGGUCGUUAUAAAACCUGGAAGCGUCGCUGGUUCAUCUUGACCGAUAACUGCCUGUACUAUUUUGAAUACACCACUGACAAAGAACCUCGAGGUAUAAUCCCGCUGGAAAACUUACAGAUCCGGGAGUUAGAAGACAAUAAGAAACCGCACUGUUUUGAGCUUUUUGCUGCAGACGGUCGUGAAAUCAUCAAAGCUUGUAAGACGGAUGCAGAUGGGAAGGUAGUGGAAGGUAAACACAGCAUCUACCGUAUGUUGGCGUCUACUCUGGAAGAGAAAGAAGCUUGGAUCAAAUCAAUCACAGCCAGUAUAAGUAAGGAUCCCUUCUACGACAUGCUCGCAGCAAGAAAGAAAAAAGCAUCUUCCAACAUCAAGGAUACCUAGAUAUCAAAACCCAACUCUACGUUUUUGUUUUCCCAAAGUCAGUCACCGAAGCAUCACCUUUUCUAUGAAAGAUAAUUCUUCUGGACCGCUUUUUGUCCUACUCAAGUUGGUGAUUGAAACAUUUUGUUCUCUACAACAACGUCGCUCAAAGAUUUGAUUUCUUCCAAGAUGGUCAAAUGAAACCACAUUACGUCACGGCGAUCUUAAUGAUACUCAUUUGCAUAAUCUAUAAAUAGAAUGUGAUAUAUAUUGCAAAUGAAUGAGGUACAGGAACCCAAUAGAAUGAACUCAAUGCCUGGGGAGGGGGGGGGGGGGGGAGGGGAGCAGGUGGCUACAGUCUUAACCCCCUCUCAGAGGAAUGACUCAAGAGGAAAGAUAUGACCGAUCAAAUAUCAAAGUAAAUUUGAUGUUUGCAAGUGAUUGAAAGAAGCAGAAUGUCUCAGCUUUUUCUUAUCAGCUUGUGAAGGUCGUCUUAAGACUCCGCAGCCGCGGUUAAAUAAGAACGACUUCUUCAAAGGAGGAAAACAUACUUUUAUAUCAUCUUAUUAACAAUAGCUUUCAUUUCUUAAAAAUGAUCAGUUAAAAACCAAGAAAAAUCAAUCGUUAUAUUACUUUGUAUCAUAAUUUCAAAAGAAAUGGCUGUGAAAAGCACUGUACAGUCUAAAUAAACUAUGACGUUUUUUUUAUUUUUUUAUUUUUUAUGAAUUUACACAGCUGUACUUUUUUUUGUAUGAAAAUUUAAGUCGGCACUUGACUGUACAAUAUUUGUACCUAAAACUGUACAACGUUUUUUUUGUAAACUCUCAACCAAACCUACUCAGUAAGGAUUGAAAAGUAACAAUCUCAAUUUUUUCUGUCCGUGUACAAAAGUGGUUUUGUUAUAUUUAUUAUGCAACUCGUUGAAUAAUUGAGACGCUUUGAAGUUAUUUGUUUUGUAUAGUUAUAACGAAGCAACAGUUUUUAAUUAAUGGACUUAUUAUGAAUCGACUCCUUGCAUACAUAGCUGAUAGAAUUUGCAUAUAUGCAAAUAAGGAAACAUUUGUUAGCUCAGUACUAUAAGGACCUCAUUUGCAGUUUCAUGUUUGGAAAAAAAAAACCCAAGAAGGACUUAAAUCUGAAAUGUCUUCAAAUCAAACAUGAGAUAAACAUUGUUGUUUAUCUUCUUUGAACAAAUACUUUGGGAAGAUAUUUAGCAAAGCUCAUCAUCUAAUUUGAUGAAAUUCAUUCAACUUGUGAUGAAGACCUUAUCGUACUGAACUGAUGAACUGUUGGUCAUAUGGUGCAUCUUUUGUGACCUACUUGGGGUGCUGUUUCAGUAGAAGCAAAAUGUUAAUAAUGAGCUGUGUACAAGGGCCUUUAAAAACGUCCAAGCUAUCAGUGUCUCAAAUUCAAUCUAAUAAGUCUUUUGAAAAAUAAACUGGUUUCCCUCCCCUUAGUGCCACAGGCUGGUCACAAGGAUUACAUUAGUGGCUGCAGGCAGCUCAAAAUGUAAGAACUAUAGGAUUUAAUUAGCAAGGGUAUGUUUUUUGAAUUUCACUGUACUCAGUUCUUUGGAUGACAUUGGAGUUUAUACUGACACAAACUGACACAACAUUCAAAUCAUUGCAAAGAAGGCAAAAGUCAAUUAAUGUUGAAGUUUUAUGGAACCGUUUGUGCAUUGGAUAUGUAAGGUAGAGUGACAUCAUAGAGUCAGUGAAGUGUUUAGUUGAUCAAACCCAGACUCAUUGUCCCCCUCAUUGUCACUGCCAAGCUGAAAACUCAAUCAAUUAAAGUGAUUUACCUGUUUUUGAAAUCAACAUGACUUUUUGUGACCUCUCUAGUUAUCCAAUCUCCUGAUGAAAUUGAAUUCAAUCCUACUUUUUCUGAUUCCCAGAAUCAAUGAUAGCAAUACAAUACAGAUGAAGCUCCUGCUUAUUUUCAUGGAGAUCUUAAUUUCUAUGAUGGUUAUGGGCAAGUUUAAAACAAAAUGGAAAACAAAGUUAAGAUUAUGUUUUAUUAAGACUACAAAACCAACCUGACCAAACAGAAAAUUCAACAAAGGAACUGAAGGAACUGAAUAAUCAGCAAGAUUAGGUCAAAGUGUUCUGUUAUUUUUUUAUUAUUUUUUUUGCUUUUCUUUUACUUUGUUAUUUGGUGCUUAUAGAUUUCCAGUAAAUGCUUCCUAUAUUACAGUAUUAUGAUAUGAAAAGAAACUUUCGCAUGACUCUGGUCAAACUAGACUUGUAUUAGUCAAGUCAUUUGUAAUGGAAGGAACUUGAUGAGAGUACAUGUACAUGUAUAACGCUCUUCAGGUAGAUUGAUACGCUGCAAUGACUAUCUGAAGUCUAUGAGAAGUAACUCUAUAGACUAGAUGCAAAGCUUUGGUAUGGUGGUAGAAUACAACAAUUUAGUUCUUACUUGAAAAGAUGGUGCUUUGAAGAGAUUUUGUAAUCAAAAAUUCACGAUUCAAAUUGUCAAUUAGUUAGUUGCACUUUGGCUAGAAACUAGCUCCCAGUAAACAAGGUUUUGUUUGUGCUUUGUCAUUUUGCUUUUUCAUUUUGUGAAAUUAGUUUUUAAAACAUGAACAAAAACACACAGAUUCUCAAAAUAAUCUAUCAGAUAUUUAAAUUCAAUAUUAAUAUCAAGGUUUUCUUGUGCUACCAAAUAUUUUCUUAAAAUUGUUUCCAUGCCAAAAGUUGCGGCAAAUCUAAAAAUCUACCUGAGUUUCUCUCCACUACAUUUGAUUGAAUUGAGUGUGUCGUAUGUAGAGGCCAAAUUCAUAUUCCUGUUACAUAAAGACAAGGGUUCAAUUUUUGUUUAUAAUUAUUAUAAAAUACUGAAGCGAUGAUUGUACUUACUGAACAAGCAAUUAAGUUAUGUUUGUUGCCGUUUUAUAAAAACUUAUAUAGGUGUAUUGAUAGUAUAAAUAUGUUGGCUUAAAAUGCCAUCGGUUGGUUUUAAUGCUGUUGGUUUAAAUGGUAAAAAGUUUGAAUGUAAUGUUUGUUGUGUAUAAUACUAUAACAAAAUUAAGUUGAAUAAUUUCAAAUUGUUGAAAAUUGUUCUCCAUGACGAUUGAUUUCUGCGAAUCAAAAUUAUUUAGAUUUAUUUUAUUUUCAACCAAGAUCAAAAACUUAAAAUAGCAUCUCACAGAUUGCACAAAAUUCCUUUCCCUUGUGCCGA